AUGAAUGGGGCUUUUAAGAUUAAAUUAUAUUGUGCCAUUAUUCAUGAUAUCAAGUUCACUUUCUCACUGGCUCUCACCCUAACUCUUUCUCUCUCACCCGUUUCCAUAAAAGUCCUAAUCACUCCCCCUCUGUAUUUUCUUUUUCCUCUUUAUCUCUCUUUCUCUCAACUCCUCUUCAUUCUCUCUCUUUACUUUCUCUUUUCACUUUCAUUCUCUCUCUUUUAUCUCCCUCUCUCUCUCUCUUACUCAGUAAAUCUCAUACAACACCCGCUCACAUUAUUGUUAUUUUAUCUUUUUCUCUCCUCUCUCUCUUUCAGUCGUUUCCAUAAAAGUCCCGUUCACCCCACUCUGUAUUUUCUAUUUCCUCUUUAUCUAUCUUUCUCUCUCUCUCUUUCUCCAACUAUUCUUCUCUCUCUCUCUCUCUCAGUUUACUUUCUCGUUCUCUCUUUCCUUCUAUCUUAUAAAACUUCGUUCCCUUUCUUCAUUUUUCACGUUUUGUCUUUCUCUGUCUCUCUUCUUACCCAAUAUAUGCAAUUUUCUCUAUCUCUCCCCCCCUCUCCCCUUCUCUCCCCUUCUCCCCUCUCCCCUCUCCCCCUUCUCCCCCCUCCCCCCUAUCUCCCCCCUCCCCUUUCCUUCCCUCUCCCCUCUCUCCCCUCUCUCUCCCCCUCUCUCUCUUUACGUUCUCUGGUCAAUUUCUCUUUCUCAUUGUUUCUCUCUCAUUCGCUCUCUCGCUCUCCUCUCUCUCUUUCAGGCGUUUCCAUAAAACUCCCAUUCACUCCCCCUCUGUAUUUUCUAUUUCCUCUUUAUCUCUCUUUCUCUCUCUCCAACUUCUCUUCACUCUCUCUCUCUCUUUACUUUCUCUUUUCACUUUCUUUCUCUCUCUUUUCUCUCUCUCUUUCUCUUACUCAUAACUCUCAUACAAUGCCCGUUCUCUCUCUUUCUCUAUUUUCCUUGUUUACUUUCUCUCUCUUAUACAACACUCGCUUCCCCUCUCUAUUUAUUUUCUGUGUUUCUCUCUUUCCCUGUCUCCCUCUUACUCAACAACCGUCAUACGACUCCUAUUUUGUCUUUCUUAAAUUUGUUCUUUUUCUCUUUUUCUUAAUAACUCUCUCAAUAUCUCAAUUUAGUCAACAUGAAACUCCUCUCUCUCUCUCUCUCUCUCUCUCUCUCUUUAUUUCCUUCUUUUUUCCUCUCUCCCUCUCUCUUACUCAAUAUCUAUCAUACAACUUCCAUUUUUUACCUCUCUCUAUUUUCAUUGUUCGUUUCUCUCUUUCUCCCCCUUUCUUACUCAGUAUCUAUCAAACAACUUUUGUUCUCUCCCUCGCUUCAUUUUCUUGGUUCACUUUCUCUCUCUAUCUUGUUCUAACUCCCUCUCUUAAUUUACUGUGUUCAUCUUUUUGCUUCUCCCCUCUCUCUCUCUCUCUCUCUCUCUCAAUGUCUUUCUUGAUUAAUACCACAUACAACUCCCGCCUCUCUCUCUGCUUUUCUAUGUUCACCAUAUCUAUCUAUCUAUCUAUCUAUCUAUUAUCUAUCUAUGUUCACAUCUGUCUAUGUAUUCUUUAUCUAUCUAUCUAUCUAUCUAUCUAUCUAUCUAUCUAUCUAUCCAUCUAUUCUGUUCCUGUCUAUCUAUCUAUCUAUCUAUCUAUGUCUGUUUCUUAUCUAUCUAUCCAUCUAUCUAUCCAUCUAUCUAUCUAUCUAUGUCUGUUCACAGCUAUCUAUCUAUCUAUCUAUCUAUGUCUCUAUCUAUCUAUCUAUCUAUCUAUCAUAUAUCUCUUUUAUCUGUUCUAUGUCUAUCUAUCUAUCUAUCUAUCUAUCUAUCUAUGUCUGUUCACAUCUGUCUAUGUAUAUUAUCUUAUCUUCUUAUCUAUCUAUCUAUCUAUCUAUCUAUCUAUCUAUCUAUAUCUGUUCUAUCUAUGUCUGUUUAUCUGUCUAUCUGUAUUCUUAUCUAUCUAUCUAUCUAUCUAUCUAUCUAUCUAUCUAUGUCUGUUCACAUCUGUCUAUGUAUGUUCUUAUCUAUCUAUCUAUCUAUCUAUCUAUCUAUCUAUGUCUGUUCACAUCUGUCUAUGUCUGUUCUUAUCUAUCUAUCUAUCUAUCUAUCUAUCUAUCUAUCUAUCUCUCACACAUACACACUCAUUCUUUCUCACUUGA